GGUGACAACAUGGUGUUCCUCUGGAACGUCUCCACCGAGGAAAAACUGGUAACCAUCUCCUUUCCAGACAUGGUGCUGUCAGCCAGCUUUAACUUCGAUGGUUCUAAACUCGUCACAACCUGCAAGGAUCGUCACACUCGCGUUAUGGAUCCUCGAAAGGGGGAAAUCCUCAAGGAAAAUAUUUGCCAUCCCGGUACCAAGCCACAACAGGCAGUCUACCUGAAGAAUGGGCGUAUCUUCACAACGGGUUUCUCCCCUAUGAGCGAACGGCAGUACGCCCUGUGGGAUGUGGAUGACGUCACAAAGCAACUGCAAUGCCAAGACCUGGACACCAGCAAUGGACUGCUUUUCCCCUUCUAUGACCCGGACAGCGGAUUAAUUUUCCUUGUCGGAAAGGUAAAAAUUUUAACCCUUGAACAGAACCGGGAAAAAAGUUCGUGGCCUCGGUCGACUCGAACCCACAUUGUGCCUUCGUAG